UUUCCUUUAAAAAAAAGUACUCUGAUUGUAUUUUACUCUGAGUGAGCUGGAUCUCCUGCUCUGACAAACUUGAUCCUGCUGUGCAGGGUGCAGGGGAAGGUUACCAGUUACGUGUUUGAGAGCAUGGAGAGAUUCAGCGAUUUGGUAUGCACUGGGUCACAUCCAGCCUAAUCCAUUUAACUGUGGAAGGACAGGUUGCUUGGCUGUGGACUGUAUUCUCCAACGACGCAGACACACACACACACCCACACCCACACCCACACCCAAACCCGCACACACACACACACACACACACACACACACACACACACACACACACACACACACACACACACACACACACACACACACACACACACACACACACACACACACACACACACACACACACACACUCACGGCAUCUUUCUGUUUCUCAUAUCGCUCGCACUUAUCUGCUACUGUUUUGUAAUCUUGUUCUCUUUUUUCUUCUCCCCUUUGUUAAACGCUCAGUACCGGAGGACUUGUCUCUAGAGGAGAAAGAUGAGCUUUCCAACAUCCGGCGCAGGAAAAAAGAGCUGCUGGAUGAUAUUGAGCGGUUAAAGUUUGAAAUUGCAGAAGUGAUGACCGAGAUCGAGCAGUUAACCUGCGUAGGGGAUAACAAAACGACACAAAGAAACAAACAGAUCGCCAUGGGAAGAAAGAAAUUCAACAUGGACCCCAAAAAGGGCAUCCAGUUCCUCCUGGAGAACGACCUACUCCAGCACACCCCCGAGGACAUCGCUCAGUUCCUCUACAAAGGCGAAGGCCUCAACAAAACGGUCAUCGGAGACUACUUGGGGGAACGGGAUGACUUCAACAUUAAGGUGCUGCAGGCGUUUGUUGAGCUGCACGAGUUUGCUGACCUUAAUUUAGUACAAGCUUUAAGACAGUUCCUGUGGAGCUUCAGACUUCCUGGUGAAGCCCAGAAGAUUGAUCGCAUGAUGGAGGCCUUUGCCUCCAGAUACUGUGGAUGCAAUCCAGGUGUCUUCCAGUCCACAGACACAUGCUACGUGCUGUCCUUCGCCAUCAUCAUGCUGAACACCAGCCUCCACAACCCCAACGUGCGCGACAAGCCCCCUGUCGAGCGCUUCAUCUCCAUGAACAGAGGCAUCAACGAGGGGGGGGACCUGCCAGAGGACCUGCUCCGGAAUCUGUACGAGAGCAUAAAAAGUGAACCCUUUAAGAUCCCUGAGGACGACGGGAACGACCUCACGCACACCUUCUUCAACCCAGACCGAGAGGGCUGGCUGCUCAAACUAGGGGGCCGAGUGAAAACCUGGAAGCGACGGUGGUUCAUCCUGACAGACAACUGCCUUUACUACUUUGAAUACACCACAGAUAAGGAGCCUCGUGGCAUCAUUCCGCUGGAGAACCUGAGCAUCAGGGAGGUGGAUGAGCCCCGGAAGCAAAACUGCUUUGAGCUGUACAACCCCAACCACAAGGGGCAGGUGAUCAAGGCCUGCAAGACGGAAGCGGACGGUCGUGUCGUCGAGGGCAACCACGUGGUGUACAGGAUAUCGGCGCCCACACCGGAGGAGAAGGAAGAGUGGAUCAAAUCCAUCAAGGCUAGCAUCAGCAGAGACCCAUUCUACGACAUGCUGGCCACCAGGAAGAGACGGGUCGCCAACAAGAAGUGAAGAAGGACAGUCUUAUCCUCCACCUGUGACCUCAAACACCAACCCCGCCAUUCACAAACACAUCAUCCACCCUAUGCAUACACACACACACACACACACACACACACACACACACACACACACACACACACACACACACACACACACACACACACACACACACACACACACACACACACACACACACACACACACAAAAGCAAAGUCACAUUCCAUGUGUAAACAGCACUAGCCAACCGGACCUGUGCUGCAAGUUGUUGGACAUGUUGAGGAUAAAACACACCAACAAUUUACCUUUGGCAGACGUAUCCAGGGGCCAAUCCCCUAGGGGGCCAGAAGGAGAGUAGGUUAGGGGCUACAGGAACAGGACUGCAAGGACAGCACUGUUCUGGACUGUGUCUGCGCACAUCGACCCACACAUACACACACAAGCACGCACACAGGCAGACAAACACACACAAGCACGCUCCCGCAGACGUACACACACACACACACACACACACACACACACACACACACACACACACACACACACACACACACACACACACACACACACACACACACAAACAGUAAAGAAGGACAACACUGAUACUACACACACGUCGGUGUGUGCACCCCUGUGUGAGUGUUUGUGUGCUACUCUGAAAUAUUAUGUCUCAUGCUCGACCUUUCUGUUGUCCCCUUCCAUCUCACUCUGCUCCUCCUUCCUCCCCCUCCUCCUCCUCCCUGUGUCUUUAUGGGGAUUUCAUUUCCUGAAUGACCUGAGCAAAGCACAACUGCCAUUUCGGUGCUUUGACAGGGGGCCACAUGCAAACGUGUGUAUAUGUGUAUAUGAUGUGUGUAUGGUAUGCAGUUUAACAUGCAGAAUGUGUGCACUCUGCGUGUGCCCACACCACUGUGCUUUACAUGUACAAACUCAACAAAAAGAGAUUUGCGUGGCAAACCAAGGUCACAGCUCAUAUGUUUGUUUGUUUGCUAAAUGAGAGAGAGAGAGAGAGAGAGAGAGAGAGAGAGAGAGAGAGAGAGAGAGAGAGAGAGAGAAGUUAGGGGUGAGGAGGAGGAGUGGAAGUGUGUGUGUGUGUGUGUGUGUGUGUGUGUGUGUGUGUGUGUGUGUGUGUGUGUGUGUGUGUGUGUGUGUGUGUGUGUGUGUGUGUGUGUGUGUAGGAUGACGGGAGGUCCUUUGGGGGCCAGUGGGGAAGGGGGGGGGGGGGAGUAUGGACGGGUAGUUACAUUUUGCAGCAUAACCUCCACUAGAACACAUAUUCAUUCCAUUCUGAUGCUCAAAGUCCUCUCAGAAACCGACAGCCUCAGCGAUCUGCAGUACCGCAGAUUUACAGUUCAGUUUUUUCCUUCUCCAGUUCAUCAUGGUUAUAACUCAGCUGGACUGACGACAGUUGUUUGUGUAGACCACAUUGUUUUGUAAUGUGCAUACUUUCAUUGUGCUUUCCUUGUUUCUUUUUGUUGGGGAGGGUGAUUUGCUAGAAGGAGAUGAAACGUAAACCUACUUUUGGACUAAAUAGCCGUGAAAUCAGAGAAUCUGUGAAAGGGCCUUUUUAAGACUGAUAUAAGCUUGGCUUAGUUAUCAUAUGAAGCUCCUUUCCUCUCACCCCUCUUGUUUGCCUGCAAGGUAUCCAUGAAAGUUUCAUGCAUCCAUGGGAUUUUUGUUCAUAUUCAUUUUGUUAUUUUGUAUUUCUCUUGCUUGCUUCUUUGUGUUGCCUGUUUAAAUAUAAACACUUACAAACUGUCCUUGAUUUUCUAAUUUAUUUUCAUUUGUGAAAUGUUUUUUUACUAUACUCGUAAAUGUAAAAAAAAAAUAUAUGCCUAAGUUAUGUAUGUGUAUAUAUUGUAUAGGUUUUUUGUUCACCUUUUUGUUUUGCUAGUGUGUUUGUAUGCUGUUUUGAAGCCAGUUAUGUAAACUAACUGACGUUUGGGGUGUUCUGUAUCCAACAGAUGUAAACUAUAUCAACCAAAAUUGUCUUGACCCGUGAUGAUGAUGAGUAUGAAGAUGAUGAUAACAAUUGGGAUGAUGAUAACAAUGGUGGUGGUGCUGGUGUUGGUUAUGAUGAGGAUUGUAUCACUCAGGCCGUUUUGUGAUAAUAACUGUGAUGAUUAUAAGAAUAAGCCAUGACUGAGGGUAUGACAGUGGUGUCAGAGUAAAGUUGUGAUUAACUGAUGACUAUAUGACAUAGAUGACUGGUGAAUAUAUAUCUGACAGUGGUAUCCAUCAUCAAUAAGCUUGAUGGUGUCCAUGAUGUGGAUGGUAAUGUCGAAGAUGAUGUCAAAAACAAUCAAGGGUUUUGUAUGUGAUUGUAAAAUAAAAUGAAAGUCCUAACAUUUGGGCAGAGUAUAGCUUGUACUAACCUUUGAGAGCUAUGGUUACUUUUACUUUUAUAUUCCAUGUAUAAUCUAUUGGUCACGUUGUAUAUUAUGUGUAUCUACCAUACAUAUAUCUUAUACAU